AUGAAUACCUCGAUGUGGAGCGCUUGGAGACAAAGAACAAAAUCUAGAUUGUAUUGCAGAGGAACAUAAUUCAGAGACCCAGGAGUUUUAGGUAAAUAUCCACUUGCAUAACUUUUGAAUGUAGAUCCAUAUCUCUCUUAUUCAAACAUAAAUACCUAGAUGUUGUAUAAUUCCUUUACCUCUGACGAUGUUUAAACAAUAAAUGAUGAUGAAGUAUUUCAGAGAGCAGAUAUUUAUAACCCUAGAUAUUGCGAUACUUGCUAAAUUUAAAGGCCACCUAAAUCAUCUCACUGCAGACUAUGCAACAAUUGUGUUAGAGGAUUUGACCAAACAUUUAAGAAUACUAUCAGGGUAGCUUUAUUCAUGACAGGAAUAGCAUAAGGUGCAAUAAGCAUAUUCGCUUUUUAAUAUCCUAGAUAUAUCUUGUUUAAUGCUUUGUUAUUCGGAGCAUUUAUUUAUCUACUCGCAAUAAAGGACAUGUUCAUAAAAUAUUUAAAUUUGGUUUAAAAGAAUCUUACAUUCAAAGAGAAAAUGUCAAGAUAUGAGGCUUGCAUGACCUACAAUAUGAAGGACAAGUUUAAGGACCAUGUCACAUGUAGUUAAAGAACUAAAAACUUGUUCAGAUUUUUAUUUAGAAAAGGCAACUACAAAUCAGCAAUUGAAUACAAAUGA